AUGGCGCGUCAAAGAGGCCUUUCUAAUGCCUCGUCCGUUUCCUCGGCUCCAGAUCAGGUAUGUUCCCCAUCCCCGAUCCCGGAAACGAGUCUAAUCAACCAUAGGAACUGGGGAGCAUGUACGAUUACCUGGUCAAAGUCAUUCUCCUCGGACCAAGCGGUGCUGGAAAGUGAAUCUUGUGUAUUACACCGAUUCGUGAAAGACGAAUGGCGAGUACUCUCCUCGCAGACGAUAGGCGUGGAAUUUGCAUCGCGCAUCGUGAAACUCGGUACGGGCUCCCGCCGGAGACGCAUCAAACUACAGCUUUGGGACACAGCGGGAACGGAGCGGUUUCGAUCGGUCUCGAGGUCGUACUAUCGCGGCGCCGCCGGUGCCAUCCUCAUCUAUGAUGUCGCUUCUUACGCUUCCUUUGCCUCCCUCCCGACCUUCCUCAUGGAUGCGCGUGCCCUGGCCUCCCCGAACUUAUCGGUGAUCUUGGCUGGGAAUAAAGCCGACCUGACGUCGGACGGCGCGCAGUCCGAUUUCGAAGACAACUUGCGCCCUCCUCCGACACCCUCAAGUACCUCCAGUAGACAGUCGUCGAUCCCCUGGGAUGUGAAUGGGUCGAUUCGCUCGACUAGUCUCAUGGGGACAGGGACGAGGUUGACUGCUACCCGUGCUCCGGAAGGUCGAGAAGUCAGCUUCGAGGAAACGUCGCACUGGGCUGCCAAGUCGAAUAUCCCCGUCGCCGUGGAAAUCUCGGCCCUGACUGGGGAUGGUGUGGAGGAAGUCUUCAAUCGGCUGGCGCGAAUUAUCCUGACCAAGAUCGAACUUGGAGAAAUCGAUCCCGAUGACCCCCAAAGUGGCAUCCAGUACGGCGAUGGCGGUCUCUACGGCCACGGAAGUGAUGCCUCGAGCAUCAGGAGUCGGACGACGUUGGAUGAAAAUUCAGUACCCCUCCAACGCAGAACUCGGCGCAAAGGCAGAGCCUCCGGUACUGGGCACGGCUGGAAGGGUGGGAUGAGAGAAUGGGAGGAUGUGUUCCGUCUUGGUGGCUCUGGAAGUCAACGAAACCAAGGAUGUUGUUAG